GAGAGUACUUUACUUAUUUUCCCAUUACUUCUCCCUUCUCUGUUCCUCUGCUUAAAGCUCUCUGUCUUCUUACAAUUUUUUUUACUUAAGUUUCUUGUUCAAAAUCUGGGUUCUGCUUUAAUUAUUUGUUGCUGACUAGAUAUUAUUCUCAGGGUGUUUUGACUACUGUAGCUGCAGAAAUUGGUUGAUUUGAGGAGAAAGAGAAAAGAAAAGGGGACGGAAUAUAAUUAAUUAAAGAUUGGUGGCGAUAAAGGUUAUAAAAAAAGAUUGUGAAUUUUAUGAGAAUUUGGCUUGAUAAUGAUCUGUCUGAGAUUCAUAGAGAGACAAGUUUUGUAGCAUUUGGAAGUUUGCAAGAGAUAAAAGAUUUUGUUUUUUUGGAGAAGGGGAUCUUGUUAAUCUUGUUUGGUAUUGCUGCUAUCUCCUGCUAUGGCUGUUCAGGAUCAGUGUGGCGGAAACGGGUCGAAUAUAGUUAUUCCAGCAGGCAAUGGAAUGUCAGCUAAUACUGGGCUGCAUACUGUAACUAGUGCUCAGAUUAAGGAGCAGUUUAGCUGUGUGGAUGAUUUCUCACCCAAGGCUAGAAAACCUUACACGAUUACGAAACAACGAGAGAGAUGGACUGAAGAAGAGCAUAAGAAGUUCCUUGAAGCUUUAAAACUUUAUGGUCGAGCUUGGAGACGCAUUGAAGAGCAUGUAGGCACCAAGACCGCAGUUCAAAUUCGAAGCCACGCUCAGAAGUUUUUCUCUAAGGUUGUGCGAGAAGGAAGUGGCAGCAACAUAAGUCCCGUUGAACCAAUUGAAAUUCCUCCUCCUAGGCCAAAACGGAAACCGAUGCAUCCCUACCCUCGCAAAAUGGCGCAUACGCUUAAUAAAGAACUUGCAUUACCAGAGGAGCCAUUGAGGUCUCCAUCGCCGAACUUUUCCCUUUCAGAACAAGAAAAUCUAUCUCCAACUUCGGUGUUAUCCGCAGUUGGUUCAGAUGUACUUGGUUCUGCCGAUUCAAAUACACCAAACCGUAGCUUAUCACCUGUCUCAUGUGGCGGUGGUUCUCAUCCUGCUGAUUUUGCAACUUUUGAACCUAACUUGACUGCUGAAGAUGAUGGAUCGCCAUCACUUAUCCCAUCAACAGCUGAUGGUCGCAGUGAGCAAUCUCCAAAGGUCACAAAACUUGAAUUGUUUCCGGAAGAAAUCGACUUUCCUGAAGGUGGUCUAGUCGAGGAAACAGCAACUCGGAGUCUCAAGCUGUUUGGAAGGACUGUAUUAAUUACCGAAUCCCACAGACCAUCUUCUCCAGCUAUUGGAAAUUCCAAGCUAGACGCGAACGACGAAAAACCUGUGCACCCAGUGCCACGGAAAUUCGCGGAGACAGAACAACAUUCUGGCAACGGAGAAUGCAACUGGAGUCGGACCUCUCAAGUAGCACGAGAAGCCCUAUACUACUUGCCAAUCCAGAAAGAAAACACCAACACAAUGGAAGCUGGUUCAGCCACUCCAUUGCCGUGGUGGGAUUUCUACGCAGGAAUCCCCAAGCAGAAGGCUACAAAAGAACACAUGGAUUCCGAUGGCGAAGAAAAAGAAAUCCAAAAAGAAGGCUCGGGGACUGGUUCCAAUUCGGGAUCAGUAAACGAUGGGGAGAAUGUAGAUAAAAACAUGGACUGCGAGACAGAAAGCCGACACGAGACAAAAGAGCUAUAUCCAUCAGUAAGUUUAAAAACAGGUUAUUCUUCAAAUAGAAGUAUGAGAGGUUUUGUACCGUAUAGAAAACGCGCAGCAGCGGAAAGAGACAGUCAGUCGUCAACAAUUACAAUGGAAGAGAGGGAAGAACAAAGAAUUCGGCUGUGUUUGUAGCAGUGAGAUAAUCUAACCAGUUGAAGAGGUAAACAAGCUUAACUCUUGAACAAUGGCAAAUUCAGUUGCUGGAUAACUCAAGAUAAAUGUGAGAGAUGAAGAGAAUGGAGCUCAACAAGAUGAAAUUCUCUGCAACUUUACUAUUAAAUUACUUGCUUCAUUUUUACUAUUAUAUUUUUGCCUUCAACUGUCUAAAUCUUUAAUUACAACUUUUUAAUUUUGCCCCCUUCAAUUUUUUUUUCCCUUUAUGGUUAUGUAAUCCUUAAUAUUCUUUCUUUACUUCUUUGAACAGUGAAUCCCUUAGCUCCUCUUUUUAUUUUCUUGGUCUUUUGUACAGUAUUUGCUGAAAAGUAGUGCUCCUUGUAACUCUGAAUGCUAUUGGUAAUGCAAAUAAAAGCUAGACCCAAUUUUAUUA